UGUUUCCCUCCCUCUCCCUCCCCCCUCCCUCCUGUCAGUCCUUUUGGAUCAGAUCUCGCCUCCUCCGGCCAUUGCAAGGGGCUGCUGUUGCUGUCAGGAGGAGGAGGAAGGGGAAAAACAAACAAACAACACAACAUGAAGGCAUCCUCAGAGGUUGUGUGGAUAAUAAUCAUCCCCAGCAGCCCUUGGCCAAGACUAUAGGAGAGGCAAUAAAAGGCAACUAAGGAACCAGAGGGCAAGUCCUUGAGCUUUUUAACAUAGGGGGAAGUUGAAUGAUGUGAUUCAAAUUUGGUGCAUUCAUGCCAUGAUUUGCUACAAAUGGCUUAAUUUAUGGAAACCAAAGGCUAUCGCAGUUAUCCUGAAAGCUUAGAUAUGGAGAGACGCUGGAGUCAAGGUUCCCAGUCUAUGGAGUAUACUUCUGCAGGAGCAGAAGAGCCAACUGAAGAAAGAAAUAACUAUAUGGAGAUUGUCAACGUGAGCUGCGUAUCUGGUGCUUUUCCAAACAACAGUGCUCAAGGAAGCAACAAAGAAAAAUCUGAACUACUUUCUUGCCUACAGCAAGAUCACAAUCAGCCUGGAAUUUCAGUCUCUGACAUAAAAACUGAACCAGACUCGAAGGAACUUUCUGCAACAGUAGCUGAAUCAAUGGGUUUGUACAUGGAUUCUGUAAGAGAUGCUGAUUUUACCUAUGAUCAGCAAAAUCAACAAGGAAGCCUAAACGCGGGAAAGAUGUAUCAAAACGUUGAGCAACUGGUGAAGCUAUAUAAGGAGAAUGGCCACCAUACCUCUCCCUUGAACACCUCAAGCAGGCCCUUGAGACCCUCCGUAGACUGUGCAAACUCUAUGAAUGGCAGCAUCAUGCCUUCAAUCAUGAAAAACCCUAGAAUAACUCAGGAGAGGAGUCCUCCUGACUGUAGUCCUCAAAGUAUGACUUCUUCGGUAUGCAGCCCUCCUGGAAUUAAUUCUGUGACUUCAACUACACCCACUAACUUUGGAAAUUUCACAGUCAGCAGUCCAGUCAACCAGGGAACACCUUUGUCAUGCUCGCCCAACAUUGAAAACCGAGGCUCGAUGUUGCACAGUCCUCCACAUGCUAGCAAUAUGGGGUCUCCUCUUUCUAGUCCUAUAAGUAGCAUGAAAUCACCAAUUUCAAGCCCUCCUAGUCACUGUAGUGUGAAAUCUCCAGUUUCAAGUCCCAAUAAUAUUACCAUGAGAUCCUCUGUAUCUAGUCCUGCAAAUAUGAAUUCAAGGUGCUCUAUUGCCAGCCCUUCCAAUGCCAAUAAUAGAUCUACUCUUUCUAGUCCGGCUGUUAGUACUGUAGGGUCCUCUAUGUGUAGUCCGGUAAAUGGUGCACUAUCUUUUCCUCCAUCUAGCACACCUGUUGGACCUGGCACAGGCCAAGACAUUGUUUCUAGUCCAGAUACAAAGGACGUUAAAGGUGCUCCACAAAUUAUAUUUCCUAAAAUAGAGGAAAUAGAAAAUGCCAUCUCUAACAAUGAAGUAGCUAAUCAAAUGAAUCUCGUUCGGUUCAUAAAGCCUGAACCAGAUGGGGUGUUCAGCAGCUCCUGUCUUGGAGAAAACAGCAAAAUCCAUUCUGAACCCCCAUUUUCUGUAUCAAUAAAGCAAGAAUCAGCUAAACAUUCUUGUUCUGGUGCUCCUUUUAAAGGGAAUCAAACUGUAAAUCCAUUUCCAUUUAUGGAUGGGUCAUAUUUUUCUUUCAUGGAUGAUAAAGACUACUAUUCUUUAUCUGGGAUUUUAGGACCACCUAUUUCAUCAUUUGAGGACAGAUGUGAAAACAGUGCAUUUCCAAACCCAGGCCUAUCUGUAGGAAUUAAGCAGGAGCCUGAGGAGAGCAGCUAUUAUCAAGAGAACACUCUGCCAUCUUCUGCCAUUGUUGGUGUGAACUCAAGUGGACAGUCAUUUCACUACAGGAUUGGAGCUCAAGGCAGAAUAUCUCUAUCGCGGCCUCUUGGUAGAGAGCAGUCUUUUCAGCACAUGAGCUCUUUUCCUUCAGUAAGUACUCUAGUGGAGUCAUGGAAAUCACAUUCUGAACUGUCUGCCAGAAGAAAUGAUGGGUAUCCAGUUCUAGAAUACAUUCCAGAAAAUGUGUCAAGCUCCACAUUAAGAAGUGUGUCCUCUGGAUCCUCAAGACCUUCCAAAGUGUGCUUGGUGUGCGGGGAUGAGGCAUCUGGAUGCCAUUAUGGAGUAGUUACCUGCGGCAGCUGUAAAGUCUUUUUCAAGAGAGCCGUGGAAGGUAAAUCCUCAUGGCAGCACAACUAUUUAUGUGCAGGGCGGAAUGACUGCAUAAUUGAUAAGAUUCGAAGAAAAAACUGUCCAGCUUGCCGACUACAGAAAUGUCUCCAAGCUGGAAUGAACUUGGGAGCACGGAAAUCCAAAAAGUUGGGCAAGUUAAAAGGAAUCCAUGAAGAACCACAGCAACAGCAGCAACCACCUCCCCAAAGUCCAGAAGAAGGGACUACCUAUAUUGCUCCCUCCAAGGAACCUUCUGUAAACACAGCCCUUGUUCCUCACUUGUCUGCCGUUUCACCAGCAUUAACUCCCUCGCCUGCCAUGGUCCUAGAGAACAUUGAACCUGAAAUUGUAUAUGCAGGAUAUGAUAGCUCAAAGCCAGAUACAGCAGAACAUCUACUCUCCACUUUAAACCGUCUUGCUGGAAAGCAAAUGAUUCAGGUGGUAAAAUGGGCAAAGAUACUUCCAGGUUUCAGAAACUUGCCUCUUGAGGACCAAAUUACUCUAAUCCAGUAUUCUUGGAUGUGCUUAUCAUCAUUUGCCUUGAGUUGGAGAUCAUACAGGCAUACAAAUAGCCAGUUCCUCUAUUUUGCUCCUGAUUUAGUCUUUAAUGAAGAAAGGAUGCGCCAGUCUGCGAUGUUUGAAUUGUGCCAGGGGAUGCACCAGAUCAGCCUUCAAUUUGUUCGCUUGCAACUUAGCUUUGAAGAAUAUACCAUAAUGAAAGUUUUGCUGCUGUUAAGCACAGUUCCUAAGGAUGGCCUCAAGAGCCAAGCUGCAUUUGAAGAAAUGAGGGCAAAUUAUAUUAAAGAACUAAGGAAGAUGGUCACAAAGCAUCCAAACAGUUCUGGGCAAAGUUGGCAGCGGUUUUACCAACUGACAAAGCUCCUGGACUCCAUUCAUGAUCUUGUAAGCGAUUUGUUGGAAUUCUGUUUCUACACCUUCCGAGAGUCACAAGCUCUGAAAGUGGAGUUUCCCGCCAUGUUGGUAGAAAUCAUCAGUGACCAGUUGCCCAAAGUGGAAUCUGGGAAUGCCAAGCCCCUCUACUUCCACAGGAAGUGACUGAACAUGUCUUAAUGGGAGAAAAAAGAACUUUGCCUUAAGUUUCCCUGUGCUAUUCCACAUCCUUGAAGGACCCAAGAAACCACAUUUAAAAUAUGCUGUACAAAAUUGUUCAACAAUUUGAAUGGUCUGAAAUCAUAGGAAGGGUUUGGAGGACAGAAGGACAUCUUAUCUGAACUUGGUGAGACAAAGUCGUAAAGAUAUUUUGAGAACCAUUGCCCUGAACCCCCAACAUGUAGACAAAAAUGUUCCUGUUCCUCUGGAUGAAAAGCCAUAUCUAGUCAAAUAACUCUUUGAUUUUGAUAUUUUAAGAAAUGAACAUUUUAAAUAUGCCAUGUAGUUUCUGGUAUUGUUUGCUUGUUUUCAAAGGGUUCAAGGACUAAUAUGAACUUUUUAAAAGCUUACCAUUGGUUUGCACAUAAAACAAAAGUAAAUAUGGGGCAUUAAUUCUUGUACUAUACAUACACACACACACACACACACACACACACACACACACACACACACAAACACACAGAUCCCUGGAUGUGUAAAAUAUAAUGGAGCGUUUGAUGUGGAAUAAUCUUGGUAUAUUCACUUGCGGCAUUUGUUAUCCCAUUUUAUCCAUCAUAGAUGAUCUACACUGUGUUAAGUGUUCAUUUAUUAUUUAACUUGAAAGGAUAAGAUGUUAAAACAAAUGCCACAGUUAAAAUUUAUAGUAUAUAUUGUGCUGGCUUUACCAAUAAUUUUUGCAGUCUUUUGCUGUACUGUACAUUGCUGUAUGUAUAAAUUGAAGGACCUGAAAAAAAUGGUAUAAGGAACUUUUGUAAAUGAAACCUAAAAAUCUUUAAUGGUUAAUAGGAUGAAUGGGAAGAGUAUUUUUGGAAGAAUUCUAUUUUGCUGGAGACUAUUUAAUUACUCUUUUUGUCUAAACACAAAGUAAUUUUUUUUUGUAAAGUGAAUUGUUCUGCAUGCAUAAUGAACCGUUUACAGUGUAUUUAAGAAAGGGAAAGCUGUGCCUUUUUAAUAUCAUAUCUAAUUUACCAACUGACAGUGUCUGUUGUAAAUAACCACCCAUAACCAUUUUCAGUUGAACCUCCCCUUUUCUGUCCGUUUUCAUCCAUGUCCUUUUUCUGAUUCUGUUUUUAUCUGUUGCUUUUACUAUUUUAGCACAUUUGAGUUCUGUUUUAUGCCUCGGAACUUGAAAAAUGUAACUUUUCUAAGCUCUGUCCAUGCCUCUAGCUACGUUUCCAGCUUUAUACACAUUUCGCCUAUCAAGAUGAAUUACAAAGAGCUCAAUCCUCCAAGAUGUCCUGUAGAAAUCACACUGCGGUAAAUGAAGCUGUGAAAGCAUACGGCUGUCCAUUUAUUUCAGUGGUGCUUGGUCCAGACAACUUUCUGGUGCAUUGUAUUCAGAAUCUCCUGAAAGACGUGUCAGCCCCAUGAUGAAGUGUGAUUUCCACUGCCAACAUGUUUAAUUCAGAAGCUAUGAUCCAGCACACAUAAGCUAAAGUCCCAUGCUCACUGUUUGGGGAGUAAAUCUAAGUGAACUUGGAUCUUAUAUUUGAGUACUGUAUAUGGAAUUGCACUUCUUGUUGCAACUUUCUGUGUCCCUGAUUUUUUGGACAGCAGAGAAAGCUAGAAAUCUGUGUCCCUCUUUCUUUUUAAUCUGGAAUGUAUGUGAACCACAAAAAAGUGAAUUAUAAAAAUGGACUAUAGAGCUGAAUGAGGAAGUUAGAGAAAACAGGCAAAUUUGUCAUUGUAUAAAAAGUAUGGAAAAGAAGAGCACUACAGUACUGACAAACUUGGAGAAAAUAAUUUGGAGACAGAUUUGUAUGAAGGUUACAUUCAAUUGAUUUCAAAACAAUUUCCAUGUCACUAUGCCUUGGAUUGCCAUCUUGGUUAGUAAGCCAAAGAACAUUCUGAAAUUAGUCCUUACUCGCAACAAAUACUGACAGGAGCCUUGAAAUAUGGAUUUCUCUAAAAUUAUCAUAUAAAAUGAUAAUUAGAAAAAGCAGAAUUAUUAUAUAUAUUAUAAACAAUAUGAAAAUCAGAUCAUAAAUUAUAGAAUAUUUUCGUAUGAGCGUUGAAAUAUUAAACACAAAUAUAAAGAGAUUAUUGCCCAAGUUAUAUUUGUCUAAAACUGGGUGAAGCUAAAGUUUGCAUAUUUUCAAGAAAAUUGAAAAGUAUUGAAAACCAAAGUUGGGAUUCAAAUAGAUUUAGUCAAGGUAUAAGUAUGGAUGGCGCAGAGUGGAGAACACCACUUCCCAGGCCAAACAUACCCCCACCCCCCAACAUAUCCUAAAUGUUUUUGGAAAGAGGUUUAAAAAACAGUUUUCUGUACACCAUAUUCAAGAAAUAGGUUUUUGGAUCCUAAGUUCUCCAUAGUCACAAUGCAUUCAAGUUUCUUAAAUGUGAAUGUGUGUUUCCAUCUACGUAACUAGAUAAAAACAUGACCACUUGUCUUUUAAAAUCACAGAUCUCAUUAAAUGGAAAAAUCUAUAUACUUAAACAGAAUCAAUAGAUAAAAUAACAGCAUACAAUGGGUGGGAUCCUGACAAACCGAGUUGAACCUAAUCCAGUGGAUUCUAAGUCAUGACUAUCUUGUCACAUUGAUUUCCACUUCUUUCUGAUUCAACCUAUUGUAUUCAGAUUUGGAAAUCUUAACAAAAACAUCAGCUCCUUUGAUCUGCACAGCAACAUGAAAGCUGCACAUGUAAAGUGGACAAAAAUACACAGCAUGCAGAGUGGUUGUUUAUAAAGUGGUUACAAAUCUCUUUCAUUUGCUUUUUAAAAAAAUACUGAAAUUGGAAUUUCAAAUUAUCCAGGUUUGUGGUAAAUGCAGUAUGCUUUUUUAUUAACAAGGUUACAUUUUUUCUAUCUCUACGUAACUUUGCCUGAUUAAAAUAUUAAAGCCAUAUUCUUUUUUUAAAGAAAAUGUCACUGUUAAAUGUCUGUCCCAAUUCACUGUGUUGUCUGAUUGCUCUUAUUUCCGUACUUUAUUGCAUUUAAUCAUGGUUUGGUAAAAUUCAUAAUUCACAGAAAUGUCAUACGUAAAACACUAAAUUAGUUUUAAAAUAAUUUAUAUCUUUAUGCAAAAUAUAUGUCUGUCUUUGCAAACAAUUGUAAGCAAAUUAUAAUAAACCCUUUCCUUUAAUCACCUGUUUUAUGAAACCAUUGAUUAUUGCUUAGAAAUCAUUGAAAUGAAAUUUUAAUGAAAAAGGAAAGUUUCAGGAGUACAUUGUACUUUAGAAUGAUAUUGGCAUCUGUCUCCUGCAAAAUAAGAUAAAACAUCGAUAUGUCAAAAUGGUAAAUUGUGUUGAUUGAGUGUACUGAUUUUAUGGCAAUGACUGAAUGAAGAUAUACAGCAAAAAUAUUGUAUUCAUAAGUUUAAAAAUGUAAAAUAGUUUUAAUUUACUGCAGUGAGUAUUUCAAGAAUAAUAUUGCAUUGCAGUGUGUAACCACUUUGUUGCACAGAACAAAACUGAAAAAGGACUAAAAGCUUGCAAUAUCAAAAUCUUAAUAAAAUAUACUUUAUAAUCAAUAAUGCAAAAAUCUAAUUCACAGGGUGGUAUUUUCACUGACUUUUUAAAACAUUUAUGAAUUUAAAUCAUUCUACAUUUAAUGCACUUUUAACUGUCUAUUAAAAUGUGACAUUUUUUGUUAGCAGGAGGGAGGAGAGGGGAAUGGUUGGAUCCAAUCUCAUCUUGUAGGUGAAUGGCCUGACAGGCAACCAUGAUAAUGUCAGGAUAUUCAGAGAAACGUUUCGGAGCCAUGGAGGGGAAAAGCACCUUUACUGGGAACUUAGUACUUGUACAGGAGAAGUUCUUGGUGCAUUGUGUCCUAAUUAUAUUACUGGAUGAAAAAUAAAAAGCAGCCGGGUGUAAAACAACAACAUCUAUGCAUAAUGAUGCAUUAAUAAUUAGGGGCUUGCUUCUGUAUGUUUAACUUUUUGAAUAAAUAGAAAAUUACUGUUUGGCCUUUA